AUGUCUCGACCAACUUCACAGGUCCAGCGGCCCCUGUCCCUCACGGAGGAACUGGAGAAAUUGGAGCAAUCUAUCACCCUGACACUGCAAGAGAUCGACCAAAAUUUCAGCCAAGCCCACCGAAUUGUGACCACGAGUAUUCUACCCUUGGUGGAGCAAUAUACUGAGCAUUCACGAGAUGUUUGGGAAGGCUCCAAGUUCUGGAAACAAUUCUUUGAAGCAAGCGCCAACGUAUCCCUCUCUGGCUAUGAAGAACGCAACAAUGAUGAAGAAACCGAGCAGGAGCCCACGGCUACAGAGGAGGAGUUGUCCACCGAUAUGACGCAAAACUCUAGCCUCGAUGAGACUAUUACCAAUGAGACACCUUCAUCUCAGCGCCAUGAAACCCCACGCCGUGACCAGGCAGGGGAUCUGGACCUCACCGACCUCGCCAUAUCUUCACACAGCACCCCGCGUGCUCCGGGUUACACUCACCAUGACGACGACGACAUUACAACCUCCUCAAUGGACUACUCUUCCUCCUACGAGAACCUAAGGAAACAAGUCAACGAGUCUGAAGCGCCGUUCGAUCUCCCCGACUCAUCAACUCUCCCAUCAACCCCAGGCCGCGAGUCCUUUUUACACCGCGGCGUCUCCGCCUCAACUCUCAUGUCAUCCCCAUUCCUCCCACCAGCAUCCCAACCAUCCACCCAGGACCGCCGGUAUCAAAAGACGUCCGACCCAGUUCUCCAUCAAAUGCUCGACAAGACAUACCGGGUCCAAGCCACGCCGCUUGGAAAGGGCUUCCGCAACGCCAGCGGAGGCACCAACCCCAGAUCCAAGUUCAAUGUCACCCCGCAGAAGACCGAGACUACCUCCAAAUACGGCUACGAUGAUUCUCCCAUCUCUAGCCCAGAACCCGAGGCCCCACAGCUUCAUUCGGAGAUCUUUUCAUCGCCCAUCAAGGGCGUUGAUACACCGGGCACGAACCGCAAGCGUCGAACUAGCAGCAAUCGCCGUGAACCUCCUCGGCCUGGUAUGAGUGUUCUGACUCCAGCCAAAAAGCCAUCUGGCAAAUCAGCCAUGUGGGAUAGUGACGAUGAUUUCGAUUACGAUGAUGAAGACCUUGGACCCAGUCCACCAAAGACCAUGCAGUUCCAUAUCCCGCAGAGCAGACUGAUGAGAACGCCUGCGAGAGAGGCUUCCAAGCGCAUCGUGACCGAUCUGCUAGCAACCGCUGGAGCUGGAGAUGUUACAGAUGACUUUGGUGAUGAACAGAGCCCCAGUGUUAUCCGCCGAAUGGAAAACCUGGAGGAUGAGACAUUCUAA